GUUCCUCAAGCCGCGGCUAGUGAACUCGCUGCAAACGAAAGUACAAAGGACGCUGGCUUGUCCAUUCGCUACGCGAAAUUCCCGUGAUUCUUAUCUGUAUUCACUAAUUUUCUUACAUCACUGUUUCUUCAGAGUGCCUCCUGAACGCUUUUGUAGUCAAUGACCCUACGCGAAUAUUAAUUAAUCACGGACAUUAUCUGCUUACGCUGCAAGGUCAGGCGACCCGAAAUCAAAAACACAUUCGCCUGUGUCCGCGGUGAAUUUCUCAGCGAGUCGAAGACGCCGUUAUUAUUCAUUGUCGACAAUCAUCAAAGCCUGAACCGAAGGCAGAAAACUCAGGAAUAGAUAAACAUACGCCAACUGUACGCACUUAAUAUCAUCCCAAAGAGCAACAUGCCAUUCAUAAAGUCGACGCGGCGUCACCUCAAAUCCCUCUUUCUUUCCACCGCCCUGCCCAGUGUCGUUGGGAGUGGCACAAGAAAAAGCCGUAGCGUCAUCGGCAAACAGAGGAAUAAUGCGCAGCCGGACGGUACACGUCUAGCAUGCAGAACGCCGAAGAUCAUCCCGAAUUCCCAAGGCACGAAUACUACUAGGAUGGUAGAAUCGGUCCGGAACGGAUGAGCCACCCUGAGUUACGUUAAUUUUCUGCUUAUGUGGAA